AUGGUGGGCCUAGUUCGCCAAACCGAGGGGCGCUUUGAGGCGCUCGAUGGCCGAUCGUCCGCGGCCUGGUCGAACAUCGAUGGACAUAUCCCUGACCUUCGCACCGAGUUGCGCAUGGAUGUGGACAGCCGUCUUGUAAGUGGGACGGCCACUCCAGCCUUCGCCGUGGACGCUGAUGGCGACGAUCGCCCUUCACAACAUGGCGAGGCCCAAAUUCGUAACAUGGAGGGGCGCCAGAAGACAUUGUCUACGCCGCCCUCGUCGGUCGCCUUUCGCUCCUCCGCCUCCGUCAGCCUGGACACAGCGUUCGACGACACCUACAAGCUCAUCGUCCUCGGCUUCCUUAAGAAGAUGCUCCAGCCCACGCUUCGCACAAUCGGCGAAUCCGUUCCCUCCCGGCAAUGCGCCUUCCCAUGCAACUAA